CAUGCACUUCUUCACCGCACCCUCCCUUUCGCUGCUCUCGCCUCACCUGAUCGCGUCCCCCGUCGCCCCGCUCUACUUCCCCGGCUGGACCUGGCGGGCACGCCGGUUUGGGGCCGAACCUGGUUCGGUUCUCCAUUCUUCUUGGAGGGGGACCUGCUACAAGGGUUUGUGCUGGUCCUGCACUGGGUUCUUGCGGCGGUGUAAGGAUUGGAGCGGAGAGUUUUCGUCUCUUGAAUCCGAGAUUCUUGAGUUUAUGCAGAGUUCUGAUAAGCCCAAACAUUUUCCCACCAAGGAGGAGUUGGUUGCUGCAGGAAGGAUGGAUUUAGUUGAGGCUAUUGUCAACGAGGGAGGGUGGCUUGCGUUUGGGUGGGAAUCGAAUGGUGGGUCCAGUGGAAUAGGCGGUCUUGAAGAUAAUUGUAGCUAUGGGAUUGACUGUUAUGCCACUCGGGUUUCUGGGGUUUCUUCACCUUCCUCUUCUUCCCAAACAUCCCAAACAGAUGAUUCAGUAUGAAUCUGAUAUAACUUCAAGUGACAACCGGGGUCCUGAGUGUUACUUUCUGGUAUACAGAGAAAUUAUAGCUGACAGUGAAUCUGGCAUUGUGGGGAUAUUGAAUCGAUUGGAGAAACAACGAAGUAGAUCUUUUGGACUUGGUGUAGAUAGUAUUUCUUCUGAAAAUAAUGAAGACAAAGAUGAAUGGGAUCAUAGAACGGCUAUGGAUGCAAUAGCUACCGGCCUUGAAAAUAGUAGCAGGGCACCCUCAUUUAACCCCAUAAGCAGUCAUCCCAGUGGUUCUCAGAUCAAACCUGAUCAGCAUGGGUUACAGUUAGGUAUGGAAAAUUCAGAAAACUCACUUAAGCCAGAGAUGUGGAGGAGUUGGAUUGUUCAGAGAAAUGGUUUUCCAGAUGCAGAUUUUGAAGAUGCUGAAAUUAUUCCCAGUGAAACUCAGAAAGGAGGCAUGAGUGAUACUUCUGGACACCAUGAUAUCCUGAAGAGAAGGGAGUUUUCGUCUGAACUUACAAACAAUGAAACAGGAUUAUAUUCUCUUGAUGGAAAAGCAAGUCACAAUGACAUUAAAUCCCGUAUCCAGCAUCUGGAAUCCGAGCUAUCUUCUACACUUCACUCGUUGAGGUCUAGAUCAGAUAAAAUUACCAAGCAGAUGGUUCAUAAGAGCUCUUCUGAUGAACUGGCAAAGCUUUCCGAUGCGUGGGAAUUUCAGGAAAAUGAGAUCAUGAAUGCUCAGGACAAAUUGCGUUCUAUACAGGCUAAGUUGGCAGUGUUAGAAGGAAAGAUGUCAUUGGCAAUAAUGGAUGCACAUAAGGUAGUCGAAGAAAAGCAGACGAAGAUUAGUAAGGCUCAGAAGGCUUUGCAAAUGCUGAAGACUACUUGUGUAGUUUGGCCAAAUAAUGCUUCAGAAGUACUUUUAACAGGAUCAUUUGAUGGUUGGUCCAACAAGAGAAAGAUGGAGAGGUUAAGUAGUGGUAUAUUUUCUGUGAGCUUGCAGCUGUAUCCUGGAAGAUACGAGAUGAAGUUCAUUGUAGAUGGAGAAUGGAAAAUUGAUCCUUUACGUCCUAUUGUAACCAACGAUGGCUAUGAGAAUAAUGUUCUUAUAGUUAGUGAUUGAUAGAAGAGAAAGUUAGCAUAAGAUAAUAUAUCUUUGGAACGCGGGAGGAUGACAUGCUCUAGUUUAGUUACCAUUUUUUUCACUUUUGUACAAAAUAUUCGGUGAGAAGUUCAUUGAUUCUUUUACUUAGUCUA